AUGGUAAUUCCAGCAGGUGCAAUCCCAGCUUCUAUCUCUUGGCUGCAAGCCCAGGUCUUAUUCUGCUGGAAUAACAUCACAACAUUGACCAUUUGUUUUCUACUGCUGGCCCUGCUGCUUGAUUAUAUAAUAUACAGAAAGAGAAGCAUCCGCUUUCCACCAGGACCUACUCCUCUACCUUUCCUUGGGAACUUGCUGCUGUUUGAUCUCAGAAAACCACAUGCUACCGUCCAACAUUUGUCAAAGAAGUAUGGAUCAGCCUUCUCAAUCCAGGUUGGAUGGAACAAUUACGUCACACUGAGUGGAUUCAAGAUAAUAAAAGAGGCACUGGGACAGAAAGCAGAGGACUUUGCUGACCGACCACCUGUCCCACUAUUGAGUCUAGCAGGCUACACAAAAAAUUGUGAAGGUAUACUCAUGGCAACAUACAGCAGUGGAUGGAAGGAGCAAAGAAGAUUCUGUGUCUCUACUCUGAAAAACUUGGGGAUGGGAAAGAAAACACUUGAAAAGAAGGUGUCUGAAGAAGCUGGAUAUUUGUGCUCUGAGUUCAAAUCACAAGAAGGAUUUCCCUUUAACCCACAAAAUCUUGUUAACAAUGCAGUUGGCAAUAUUAUCUGCAUCCUAACAUUUGGUGAACGAUUUGAAUACAGUGAUAAAACAUUCCUGAAGCUAAUGAAUUUAGCUCGUGCACUCAUGAAAGCAACAACUGGAAUCCUGCCCCAGAUGAUGGCUGUAGGAUCUUGGUUUUCCUAUAUGCCGGGACCUCAUCGUAAACUUAAGAUCAUCUAUAAUGAUAUUAGUGCCAUACUAAGAGACAUUGUGAAUGAACAUAAGAAAACCAGAGAUCCCACCUUCACAAGAGAUUUGAUCGAUGCAUUUCUGGAGGAGAUGGAAAAGGUUAAAGGAAAUCCAGAGAGCAGUUUUAAUGAGCAGAACCUCAUUAAAAUUAUUUAUGAAUGGGUUGCGGCAGGCACUGAAACAACUUCUUCCACUAUACUCUGGGGGCUACUGAAAAUGGUCCUUCAUCCUGAGAUUCAGAAAAAAGUCCAUGAAGAAAUUGAGAAAGUUCUUGGCAAGGACAAAGUACCUAUGAUGGAGGACCAAGCAAACCUGCCUUAUACUAAUGCUGUCAUCCAUGAAAUCCAACGUUGUGCUGAUAUUACGCCUUUUGCUUUACCUUAUAUAACACGCCAAGAUACUGAAGUUGACAAAUUUGUCAUCCCUAAGGAGACCAUCAUCUUUAAUCACUUGUCUUCUGUGCUGAAGGAUGAAACCAUGUGGGAGAAGCCACACCAGUUCUACCCUGAGCACUUCCUGGAUGCCAAUGGGCAGUUUAUCAAGCGAGAGGCCUUCCUGCCUUUCUCUGCAGGCCGCCAUGCCUGCCCUGGAGAACCAAUGGCUAGAAUGGAGCUCUUCAUCUUCUUCACCAGCCUCCUGCAGCAUUUCGCUUUCUGCAUCCCCGAGAACCAUCCCAGGCCGAAGGAGGAUAGGGUCUUUGCCCUCACGGUCACUCCACCACCUUUCCAGAUUUGUGCCAUCCCCAGAUAAUGUUUCUCAGGUAUCUGCUGCCCAGUCUGUGAUGGCCUAAAAGUUGCAACUUGCCAGCACAGAGAAGUCUGUGGAAAUGCAUUAAAUUCGAUUUUGUAUUUCCCUGCUCUGAA